UGCCAGUGUCACUUGCCGCGGCUUCGGAGUCCACGAGCGCUCAGGUGCGCUCCCCAGAGGCCCGCGUGGCAGCGGCGGUGUUUGCUUUUUCAUAAUAACGAUUUUUUUUUUUUUUUUUUUUUUUGCAUUUCCAAAUCCUCUUACUGGUCUAUUCAGACAUUUCCGUUAAUGCAGCUACGCAUUUGCAGCAUUCGCACGCCCUCUCCGCUAUGGGAAUUGCCAGCCUGAGUUCUCGGUUGCCGCUAACCUUAUGGCAGUAGGAAUGACCCCUUCUUGAGUCCACUGUCCUCUGUAAAGUGAGAGGCGUUGGGAUAUUUAACAACCAAGAUUUCUUCCCAGGAGAAAUAUGAACCAGAAGCUACUGAAGUUGGAAAACUUGCUACGGUUUCAUACUGUUUGUAGGCAGUUGCACAACCCAAGUCAAAGAAGACUCUCAGCAUGGUGUAAACAUGGGUUUGCACCAGCUUCCCCAGUGUGGAGAGAUCUGCUGGGUGCCCGGUCCUGGCAGACAGACAUGCUCAUUGGUUCAGCUUUGCAUCAGCACAGACUUCUUGUAACAAAGAAGGAAAAAAGACCACCAAGAUCUCAAUUGUCUCCAGUAAAAACUAAAAAAGAGGUAGAAGUAUGGGUUGGAAUGACUGUUGAAGAUCUAGCCAGUGCCAUGGCAAAAGAUAUAGAUUGUGUAUACGAAGCUUUAUUGAACACUGCCAUUGACGUAGAUUCAUUAGAAGCAAACUCACAUUUAGACGAAGUCUGGAUCAAAGAAGUUAUAAAGAAGGCAGGAAUGAAGCUGAAAUGGAGCAAAUUAAAACAGGAGAGAAUUAGAGAAAAUAAAGAUGCUGUGAGAAGGCCUGGGACAGAUCCAGCUUUAUUAAAACCAAGGUCCCCAGUUGUUACUAUAAUGGGUCAUGUUGAUCAUGGGAAAACGACCUUACUUGACAAACUUCGAGAAACUCAAGUUGCAGCGAUGGAAGUCGGAGGCAUCACUCAACACAUUGGUGCUUUUCUUGUCUCUCUGCCUUCUGGAGAAAAGAUAACCUUUCUUGAUACUCCUGGACAUGCUGCCUUCUCAGCAAUGAGAGCCAGAGGAGCUCAGGUCACCGACAUUGUUGUGUUGGUUGUAGCUGCAGAUGAUGGAGUAAUGAAACAAACUGUGGAAUCCAUUCAGCAUGCAAAAGAUGCAGAAGUUCCUAUUAUCCUUGCAAUCAAUAAGUGCGACAAGACAGAUGCUGAUCCUGAAAAGGUGAAAAAAGAGCUCCUGGCUUACGAUGUGGUGUGUGAAGAGUAUGGUGGUGAUGUUCAAGCAGUGCAUGUCUCUGCACUUACGGGCGAUAACCUGAUGGCUUUGGCAGAAGCAACAAUUGCUCUCGCAGAAAUCUUGGAACUGAAAGCAGAUCCCACCGGUCCAGUGGAAGGAACAGUAAUAGAGUCUUUCACAGACAAAGGAAGAGGUCCUGUUACAACAGCUAUAAUUCAAAGAGGAACUCUGAGAAAAGGCUCAAUUCUAGUUGCUGGGAAGAGUUGGGCAAAAGUUCGACUAAUGUUUGAUGAAAAUGGAAAAAUACUUAAUGAAGCCUAUCCCAGCAUGCCAGUGGGAAUCAUAGGCUGGAGAGACCUCCCUUCUGCAGGAGAUGAAAUUCUUGAAGUAGAAUCUGAGCCAAGGGCCCGUGAAGUUAUUGAAUGGAGAAAGUCUGAGCAAAAAGAAGAAAAAGGCAAAGAUGACCUGAAAAUAAUGGAAGAAAAGCGAAAGGAGCACCAAGAAGCCCAUCGGAAAGCCCGUGAGAAGUAUGGCAGUCUGCACUGGAGAGAGAGAUCCUAUAUAAAGUACCUUGAAAGAAAAGAACAGAGACCCUUAAAGCCCAAAGAAAAGGUAGAAAGGCAAUCAAAUGUACUUCCUAUAAUUAUUAAAGGUGACGUUGAUGGGUCUGUGGAGGCCAUCUUGAACCUUCUGGAUACCUAUGAUGCUUCCCACGAAUGUGAACUAGAAUUAGUACAUUUUGGAUUGGGUGACAUCAGUGAAAAUGAUGUUAACUUUGCUGAGACAUUUGAUGGUGUUAUUUAUGGUUUUAAUGUGGAUGCAGGCAGUGCUAUUCAGCAGUCAGCUGCACAAAAGGGAGUUAAGAUUAAACUUCACAAAAUCAUCUACCAUCUUAUUGAAGAUUUGCAGGAGGAACUAAGCAGCAGAUUGCCCCACACACUGGAGGAGUACCCAAUAGGUGAGGCUUCCAUACUAGCUACCUUCACUGUAACAGAAGGGAAGAAAAAAAUUCCUGUUGCUGGCUGCAGAGUUCAAAAGGGACAAUUAGAAAGACAGAAGAAGUUUAAAUUAAUCCGAAACGGCCAAGUUAUUUGGAAGGGCUCAUUAACCUCACUGAAACACCAUAAAGAUGACAUUUCAGUUAUAAAAACUGGUAUGGACUGUGGUCUUAGUUUAGAUGAAGAAAAAGUCGAAUUCAAACCAGGAGAUCAAGUCAUUUGUUAUGAAGAAAAUAAAGUUCCAACUAAGACUUCCUGGGAUCCAGGAUUUUAAAAGCACACUAAAAAUGGUAAAU